UGUCUGCCUGGACGAACGAGUGUUAUUGAUAUUUCCACGUCUUUCUUCCUUUUUAUGGAUCAGUUUACGCCCAAACAGAAACUUGUUUUCACUUUUUCAGAGAGCGGGCAAGACAACAUAUCAGCAGAGUGGGUGUGCCCAAGAUGUGACCAUUGUAACACGUGGAUCUACGAGGAAUGUGAGGAAUGCGGAGAACCCACCCCUAACCUGUGUGAAGCUUGCUCGGGAGUGGGGACGUGUGAUCAGUGCGUGAAGACUCCUACUGCUGUCGCUAAAACACCUGUUCUUGUCGCGUGGAGAUGUACACACUGUAAGACCUAUAACGACCCCACCCUACGCAGAUGUUCUGUAUGUAAAGAAACCCUGGCCUCCUGUGAAGCAGUGUGGAAGUGCCCUGGAUGUGGGGAUUAUAACUCUGAGACAGACAACAACUGUGUCAACUGUAAAUAUGACAAUCCGGGCACGUCCAAGACCUGACGGACGGUGGUUUUUAAGGACCUU